AUGGAUGACAACAUUGCAGCCAGUCAGCUGACUCGUAUGUGAUGUAGCGUGUAUGUGAGCUAUAAGCGCUAGUGCGAUCAGAUUUUGUCACUUUUUUUUCCUCAUAAAUUUUGUUUAAGACAAAAAUUGUAGGUUAGAAGCGAGCAAACAUGUUACGGCCGAAAGCUUUGACGCAGGUUCUGAGCCAAGCCAACACAAACGGAGUUCAGAGCACACUAUUGCUAAACAAUGAAGGCUCCCUCCUGGCAUACUCGGGCUACGGCGACACGGACGCCCGCGUGACCGCCGCCAUCGCUAGCAACAUCUGGGCGGCUUACGACAAGAACGGCCAUCAGGCCUUCAAUGAGGACAAACUGAAAUUCAUACUCAUGGACUGCAUGGAGGGCCGAGUAGCCAUCACGCGAGUGGCUAACCUGUUGCUGUGCAUGUACGCCAAAGAAACGGUGGGCUUCGGAAUGCUCAAAGCUAAGGCCGAGGCGCUGGUGCAGUACCUGGAGGAACCGCUGACCCAAGUGGCCGCGUCCUAGCCGGAACGGAACCUCGCAGGUCAUGUGGCUUUUGUCGUUUGUUAAAUUUGAAGAUACACGUGUUUAUCGUUUGUCCCGUUUAGUCAGGUUUCAUGUUGAAUUUUGCCGCGUUAUGAAGUUAAGGCCAUGAAAUGCUUUUUGAUUUACUUCAAAUAUGUACAAUAAACAAUUUGUGAUUUUGUUGGA